UGCCCCCAGGCCCACCCCACCCCGGGACCAUGUUGGUGCUCCUCGCCUUCAUCAUCAUCUUCCACAUCACCUCCGCAGCCCUGCUGUUUGUUGCCACCAUUGACAACGCCUGGUGGGUAGGAGACAACUUUUCUGUAGACGUCUGGAGAGUGUGCAGAAACAACUCGAAUUGUACAGAGAUCAAUGAGUCGUUUUCAGAUUACGCCACACUGCAGGCCGUGCAGGCCUCCAUGAUCCUCUCCACCAUCCUGUGCUGCAUCGCCUUCUUCAUCUUCCUGCUCCAGCUCUUCCGUCUCAAGCAGGGAGAGAGAUUCGUUUUAACCUCCAUCAUCCAACUCAUGUCGUGUCUGUGUGUCAUGAUUGGGGCUUCCAUUUAUACAGACCGGCGCCAGGACUUUCACAACAACAACGCGGAAUACUCUAGCUACAUGAUGGAGGAAGGCCGCUACGGCUACUCUUUCAUCCUGGCGUGGGUGGCCUUUGCCUUCACCUUCAUCAGUGGCCUCAUGUAUCUGGUCCUGAGGAAGCGCAAAUAGAGAUGUAGGCUCCGCCCGACUCCUGCAGUAGGCAUUCACAUCCACUUAACCAUUUUGUACAUAAUCAUUUUUCGUGUGUGUGGUUUUUCUAGCAAACAUAUCGUUUCCUUUAAAAGCCAAAAAGAAAAAAAAACGCAAAAAACAAAAACACAAAAAAAACCCUCACCCCUCCAAAAACAAAACCCCAACAACAAAAACCAAAGAAACGAGUGAGAGAGGAGUUUUGCGUUCUUGAGAUCAGAAGAUGGAUGAUGCAGGCUGGUUAUUCAGAACUCUAAGGCAAACUGUGGAAAUCGCUCAGCAGGGGCUUUCUUACCCACGGGGCUACGGCUGGCUGUGUGGGGCUGUGAACUGAGCCUGGUCUCUGGUUCUCUGGAGUCUCACCAAGCCCCUUCUGCCUCAGCUUUCCCUUCCCAAAUCUCUGGUCAACAGGGGAGGCGGGCAGGGGAGGCCCAGGUUUUUAGCCAAUCCUGGCAUGUGUCUAUCAGUGAGCCAAGAGCCCCAAUAGGUGUGUGUGGGGGGUCACCAUUCACCUUCGCUGGCUGUCUUCUAGGGGACUGUGAUCCUGAAGCUGGGGAUCCGAUUUAGGCAAAGUUCUCAAAAGUAGCUCCUCAGAGCAUUGAUUCCAAAAAUCUCCCACUUCGGCCAUUUCCCAGACUCCCAGAAUCUGCAUUUCUAAGCAAGUUCCUCUGACCAUCCUUCUGUACACUCACAUUGGGGACACAGUCCCUGAGCCCCGGGGUGGGCGGGGGAGGGGGCUAUCCCAUGCACUUCAGCAGGCUUGUGUCAAGAUGGCCCCAGUGCAGGCCGCAGCUGCACUCAGCCAGCUCCUGAUUCCUACCGUCUCUUUCCUAGGUGUUGACAUCUGGGCCACCUAUACCCCACAGUCAGGCCUUGUGCCUGGAAACUGGAUGGCUUGGAGUGGCCUUUCUCUUCCUGCCCCACAGUUGCCUCCAUCAACCUCUACUUCUAGAGCCUCAGAAUCCCUCCCUCUCUCCAUCCCCUCUACCAUUCAUGUAUUCAUUCAUUGAUUCACAAACCAACCUAAACGAUGGCAUGCUUGCCCGGUGGCAGGCAUAGGGGAUACUCUCCCAAGACAAUCUCGAGAAUGAUGAUCUGCAGUGGGAGGGAGUGUCUUUAGUCUUGCCCACAGGGCACUGAGUGAAUCCUAAAUAUAGUUCCACUCAGCAAUGACAGACGGCGUCCACAGGGCAAUGGCUGUCUGUUUCCCACCCCCGGGGUCACUGCAGUGGUGAAAGAGGGGAUCCCCCUCUACCAAGCCACAGUCCUUGAGCUUUAAUGGACUUGGGGUCACAUAGGAGAAUGUGUAUGAGCCCCUCCUGAGACGUAGGGUGGUUGGUGUGUCUCUACUUAAACACUUUUAUACGUGAUUGCCUGCCAUGUGAAGGAAUGAUCUGCCUUCAUGGUAGUUCCAGUGGAGGUUCAUUCAUUCAUUCAUUGGUUUUCAACAAAUAGUAAUAAAUGCUUAUCAUGUUCUGGGUACUGUAGGAAGAUCUCAAAGUAGAAGACAAAUGCAGACAUCUUCCCUGCCCUCUUGGAGUUUGUAGGUUCUAAAAUAGGACACCUCCCCCUGACCCCAGUACCUUAGGAAAGCCCUCAGCUUAGUAUAGAGUGACAUGGAGCCAGAGACAGGACAGAUGGCCACCUCCUGCCUGGAUGGAAGAUUGUCAUCAGUCACAUGAUGAACAAGAAUGAAUUUCAGCCGGUGCUGAUGGCUCACACCUGUAACCACAGCUACUCAGGAAGCUGAGAGCUGAGGAUCCUGGUUCUAUG